AUGCUUACGAGAACUAUACAUCCGGGAUUGGCAUGGGACAAAUUCUUGGAUUUGUUUUAUGAUAAGUACUUUCCCCAAAGUAUACGAGACAAGAAGGUGACCGAGUUUGAAACUCUUAGACAAGGGAACAAGACCGUUGCUGAAUAUGAGGCUCAAUUUGCAGAACUAGCACGGUUUGCACCUCAUAUGGUGGACACAAAUUACAAGAAAGCGCGUACAUUUGAAGGCGGAUUACGGAGCGCUAUACUGGACAAGGUCAACAUGCUGAAGUUACCCAUUUAUGUCGAUGUGUUGGAGAGGGCUGUUAUAGUAGAAGGAAACCUCGCUACUCAGAACCGAAUUUCUGAAUGGAAAGGGAAGAGGCAGAAUACUCAAUGGUCAAAGGGCAUAACUACUCUACCAAAUAAGAAGCAAAAUUUAGGGAUCUCCAGCACAACCACUUCUACUCAAGAUUCAACCCCUGUGUGUUCAGAAUGUGGAAGGAGGCACCGUGGGGUUUGCCACCGACUGUCUGGAGCAUGUUUUCGAUGUGGCAAAACGGGUCAUCUGAUAAGGGAUUGUCCUCAAGGAAAUCGACAAAAUAACAACAAAGCUGUUACAAGUUCAGUAGGGUCUGCACCAACUUCCAACACCAAGUCGGUUGCAAAACCUGCUAACAACAAAGACACUACGAGGCAAGGCAGGGUAUUUGUAUUGGUUCCGGGGGAUGUGCAGAAUAUUGCGACAGUGGUGUCAGGUACAUUUAUGGUUCAUUGUUAUUCUGCUCAUGUAUUGUUUGAUUCUAGUUCUACCCAUUCUUUUGUGUCAAAAUUAUUUGUGCAACAUUUAGAUAAAUCUAAGGAAAAUUUGUCAUAUAUGUUAUGUGUGUCUUCACAUUUGGGAGAUUCUAUGAUUUGUGCUUCUGUAUAUUUUGCUUGUGAACUCCAACUUGAGGAUAUCCGGGUAUAUGCCAAUCUGUUGCCUCUUGACUUGACCUAUUUUGAAAUUAUUCUGGGCAUGGACUGGUUGAGUGAAUAUGGUGCAACUAUAGACUGUUUGAACAAGCAAAUCAGUUUCCACCCUCCGGGACAACCAGAAUCUAUUUUUCAAGGAUGUGGUGUAACCUCUCCACCUUAUUUGGUUUCUACAGCAAAGGCUUGUAAAUUGAUUCAGAAAGGGUGCCUGGGAUAUUUAUGCAGUAUUUUGGAGGGACAGGUGAUGAAUGAGAGUAUUGAUCAUAUUUCAGUUGUCUGUGAAUUUUCGGAUGUCUUUCCGAAAGAAUUACCGGGGGAGUUAAUAGACCGUGAAAUCGAAUUUACAAUUGAAGUAGCUUCGGGAACUCAACCUAUUUCUAAAACUCCGUAUAGAAUGUCACCAGUUGAGAUGAAGGAAUUGAAGAUUCAGUUGCAAGAUCUACUAGAUAAGGGGUUCAUUCGCCCGAGUGUCUCUCCCUGGGGUGCACCAGUUCUGUUUGUGAAAAAGAAUGAUGGAACACUCCGUUUGUGUAUUGAUUACAGGGAACUCAAUAAAGUAACAAUCAAGAAUAAGUACCCAUUGCCACGAAUCGAUGAUUUAUUUAACCAGCUUCAAGGGGCACAAGUUUUCUCAAAAAAUGAUCUACGGCCUGGAUACCAUCAAUUGAAGGCCAAAGCUGAUGAUGUGGAGAAGACAGCUUUUCGAACCCGGUACGGUCAUUACGAAUUUCUGGUUAUGCCCUUCGGCGUUACUGACGCACCAGCAGCAUUUAUGGAUUUGAUGAACCGUGUUUUCGAGCCCUAUUUGGAUGAGUUUGUGGUGGUAUUUAUUGAUGACAUCCUCAUUUACUCGAAAAAUGCUGAAGCCUAUGAGGGUCAUCUUCGCCUAAUCCUUCAAACACUUCGAGAAAAGAAGCUAUACGCAAAACUAAAGAAAUGUGAAUUCUGGUUACAUGAGGUAGCAUUUCUGGGGCAUGUAAUAACAAAGGAUGGAGUCUCUGUAGAUCCACAUAAAAUUGAGGCGAUCGUGAAUUGGCCAACUCCUACCAAUGUGACUGAGGUACGUAGUUUUAUGGGAUUAGCCGGUUAUUACAAGAGGUUUGUUCACGAUUUUUCCAAAAUUGUUAUGCCGCUUACACAAUUGACUCGAAAGGGAAUUGCAUUUGAAUGGUCAGAAGAGCGGGAGUUUGCCUUUCAGGAGUUGAAAGCAAAGUUGACUACAGCACCAGUUCUGGCCUUACCAUCCGGUAUCGAAGGGUUUGUAAUCUACAAUGAUGCUUCGCAUAAAGGGCUUGGUUGUGUACUUAUGCAAAAUGGAAGAGUUAUUGCUUAUGUCUCUCGACAACUGAAACUCCAUGAGAAGAAUUAUCCCACACACAAUCUUGAGCUAGCAGUAGUAGUUUUUGCUUUGAAGAUAUGGCGACAUUAUCUGUAUGGCACUACUUGCGAAGUUUAUACUGAUCACAAAAGUCUCAAGUACCUUUUUACUCAGAAAGAGUUGAAUAUGCGACAACGGCUCUGGUUAGAGCUGAUUAAAGAUUAUGAUUUACAGAUUCAUUACCAUCUUGGUAAAGCCAACACAGUUGCAUAUGCGCUUAGUCGAAAAAAUAUGGGAGAUUUGGCAAAUCUAUUUACGAAGCAAGAGGAGUUGGUGACUGUAUUGGAUAAAAUGGAUAUAGAUCUUGUGAUACGUGGACAUGAGGCCGUGAUAGCAGCGAUGAUGGCUCAACCAACCUUACUUGAAGAGAUCAAGCUACGUCAAAUGGAAGAUGAAACUCUACGGAAAGUAUGUGAUGAGUUGGAGACAAAACCAAAACCGGGGUUCAGUUUAGUGGAUUCGGUGCUCAAGUUUCAAAACAGAAUAUGUGUCCCUAAUGUGUUGGAACUUAAACGAAAACUAAUGGAAGAAGAACAUGCCUCGAGGUUUUCGAUGCAUCCGGGAAGUACCAAAAUGUACCGGGAUUUGAAACAAAACUUUUGGCGGCCAGUGUUAGCAAGUAAAGGCAGAACAUCAGAGACCAGCAGGACUGUUGCAAGCCCUUCCAAUCCCGGAAUGGAAGUGGGAACAUUUGACCAUGGAUUUUGUUGUGGGGUUACCAUAGACUCCUCGGGAUUCUAUGAAGGGAAAUCAAACUCUGAAGAAUGGGAGUUGUUUCUCAGAAGACCUCUGUAUGAGUGGGAAACGAUUGAGGCUUCCAGAUUGGAUAUCACUUUGUACUCUGCUCCAAAUCUGAGACAGGGGUGUACAGAUUGUCCUACCUGGAAUGAUGUAAUUGUAAGAGGGUUUAAGGUGGCUGAUUUGUAUAAAUUUUGUGACAAAUUGCUUGGUCCACAGAUCAAAGUUUGCAAAUUUGUGUAUAAUAAGGAUAUCCCCCCUAAGUGGUGGGGAGUUGAGUGGGCAAUACCUAAAAUUGUUGAGGGUCUAUUCCAUUGGUGGUCUGGUAGAAAUUUCCAGAAGAAGGAAAAGUGGUUGUGGAGGGUUGUUCCCUUAGUUGUACUUUGGUCUCUCUGGAAGCUUAGAAAUGAGUACGUCUUCAAUGGGGCUCAGUCUAGGGGAUAUAAUUUUUGUGAGCUUGUCAAGAUUAGAAUAGCAUUACGGCUUAAAACUUCAAUCCCAGGAUUUCAUUACUCAGUCAAUGAUUUUGUGCACAACCUGAGACAGAUAAGGGGUUGCAUCUGA